GGGAAUGUUCAAAAACUCUUUCUCUUGACUGCAAAAAUGUUAGACCAUAAUUUAAUUUAGUUAAAAUUAAAAGAGAAAAGAAAAACGAAAAAAAAACAAAUUUCUCUAAAGAAUCACAAUCUCAUCACCUUCUUCUUCCUCCUCUGUUUUCUCUCUCUAAAUCCAUGGAUCCUUCUCUGCCUCCUCCGUUCACUGCUUUUCCUCCCUUCACCAACUCCAACCCUUUCCCCCCUCCCCAACACCCCUUCUACGGCGGCGCCGUUAACUCCUCGGCCGUCGCGCGGCCUAACAACAACCAGUUCUUUCAACCAUCGCCACCAGUUCCUUCUCAUCCAUCCGUUAACCACCCUCAUUACUCAGAAGUUUCGGACGCCCUUUCUCACGAAGAAAAUUCUUCCCUACCAAGGGGUGGUCGUCUGGGCUGUCAACCGUUUACAUGUAGUAACGGAAACGAGUCAAACUCUAAUUAACGGGAAACGAGUCAAACCCUAAUUCUAUCAUCGUUUACCAUUGCAACGCUGGCGUGGGG